UUUCUUCUUUUCACUAUGGACACAAAUUUUCCCAUCAACAGCCCUUCGAAACCUAAGCCAAAAAUCUCUGCAUCCCGCAGAUUGUUCUUGAAGACCAAACUGUUAAAGAAGGCGAUGACUAUGCUGGAGAACGAAAAGCAAGCCAGAACAGCUGAUAAACAGAGGAUCCUUGACGAAAGACACCCAACACUCCAACUGUCAGGCCUUUCGAUGCAGGAACUACAGAAUCUUUGCAAAGAGAUUCACCAAAAAAUUGACAAGGUGGAUGAAGAGCGCUAUGACAUUGCUAGCAAAGUCGCAAUAAAUGAGAAAGAGAUACAGAACUUGUCUCAAAAGGUCUUUGAGCUGAAGGGCAAGAUGAAGAGACCGAACCUGAGGAAGGUGAGGGUGUCUGCAGGGGCCAUGCUGGGAGCCUUGCUGGGGGCCAAGGUCAAAGAGUCAGUGGACUUCAAGGCCAACCUAAAGACAGUGAAGAAAGAGGAGGAAAAGAAAGAAGAAGUCACUGACUGGCGUAAGAACGUGGACGCCAUGUCUGGGAUGGAGGGAAGGAAGAAGCUGUUUGACGCUGCCCAGUAGAUCUGUGAUCAACGUCCCUUUGAUCACUGCUGUAAAUUAAGAAAAGUAUAAAUGCUGACGCUGUUUGGGUUUGUAAGUGACAAUGAAAACUUUGGGAUCAUUUUUGUCUCUGCUCCACUUAAGUAAUAUUACCUCACUAUUUCACCUCACCUCUUCUUUGUCUUCUUCAUCGUCACUGACUUCAAAAAGAGAAAUCUAUCAAUUUAAAUCAGUCUUAAAUUUAAAAUUGUCCUAAAAAUCUUAUUCUCCUUUAAUUUUGGGGGGGAGACUGAAAGGACAGUGCAUAUAUAUAUAUUUUUUAUAACAGUUCAGGUUGUGACCAGCCAAUCAUGUUUCAACACUGAGGUUCUUACCCUCAGUGUUGAAAAUGACUGUGCGUUUUUGGAGAUAAACCAGUCUUAUGAUUUAUGUCUAAAAGUACAUGUGAAACAUAUUCAGAAUGCUGUUGUUUUUAUUGAGAACACUGACAAAAUAUCAGUAUAUUCUCAAAAAUAUUUGUCGUGUCUUCACUGUAUUUUCAAGGAGUCUUACAUAAAAUGCCUUCAUUCACACUUUGGAACUGUUACAUGACAAAAUGUCCAACAUUGUUGUAGGAAAACCAGUUGUUUGCUCUCUGCAAAAACCUUAAUAAAUCACAUCCUCAUUUC